AUGCGACGUAAUUGUUGUCAUGUUUCGUUUGCUUCAACCCUCAAGAUCCUCAAUUUUGUUCAAGCUUUCUUCGGUGUUUCGAUCAUAAUCUACUCCAUAUGGAUGCUCGAUCAAUACAACCAUCAUCACGCACCCGUCGAUCCUCCACCGGCUGCUUUUUUGCCGGAUUCAUCGAGCUCCGGAGUCGCGAUCGGUAGAGUCUCUGAGCCCUUGAAGAAUCCGAUUGAUUCCAUGGCGAGUAUCAUUCUAGGGUCUAAUGGUGAUCAUGGGUUUAACCUCCGUUCGUUGGAUCUUCCUGCUCCAUGGUUCAUCUACUCUUUUAUGGCGGUUGGUGUUUUGGUCUGCAUUGUUACCAUUAUUGGUUUCAUAGCAGCUGAAGCUAUCAAUGGAUGUUGCUUGUGUUUCUACUCUAUUCUCAAAACACUGCUCAUUCUACUUGAAGCUGCCCUUGUUGCAUACAUCGCUAUUGACCGUCACUGGGAAAAGGAUCUUCCGUAUGAUCCAACUGGAGAACUCAAUAGCCUUCGAACUUUCAUUGAAGAAAACAUCGAUAUAUGCAAAUGGGUCGGGAUUGCUGUGGUAGCGGUCCAGCUAUUGUCGUUGCUACUAGCCAUGGUUCUCAGAGCUAUGGUUUCAACCCCGACACCUGAUCCUGACGAAGAGGAAGAUUAUGAGAACCCGAGGAGUAGAGCUAGGGACCCACUUCUUGGUUCGCAAGGAAACCAAGCUCCUGGGUCAAGCAAGAUUGAAAGCUGGAGUUCCCGAAUCAGAGAAAAGUAUGGUUUGAACCAGAGUCAGGCGGUUAACCCGAAAGGCUGA